AUGGAUACUCUUCUUACGGCUGAGAUCGCGGCCAACGCGCCGCGGUAUCGUCGCAAGAGCUCGACCUUCAUCGAUGGCAUCCAUGAUGUCCCCGAAGAUCAGGGGAAUAUGGCCCCCGCCCAGCUCUACAGCACCAUGUCUGGCAGGUUGUUCCAUUCCGGGAGAAUCGCCAUUGUCAUGGUUGGGCUUCCGGCUCGUGGAAAGACGCACAUUUGCGUCUCGAUGGCUCGCUAUCUUUCGUGGCUUGGCGUCAAGACCCGCAUCUUCCACCUGGGCGACUAUCGCCGGGCGACCGUUCCAGGAGGCCACGUUCCUCAAGACUAUUUCUACCCAAAUGCGUCUCCGGCUUCGGUCAUGCUCCGGCAGAAGAUCCUCAAGAAAUGCCGAGAAGACAUCUAUGCCUGGUUGAAUCAUGAGAAUGGCCAAGUCGCCAUCUACGAUGCUGUCAAUCCCACUGCGGCCGGCCGUCUUGCCCUGGCCAAGGAGUUUGCCAAGCAUGAUGUGCAGACGCUCUUCAUCGAGUCCUAUGUCGACGACCAGGAGAUUCUUAAGGAGAAUGCACGCAAUGUCAAGAUACAUUCCCCUGAUUUCCAUGGCAUGGAUCCCGACGAAGCCGCGAAGCGUUACCUCAAGCGGAUCGAGACCAAGAUCCCGGUGUUCGAGACCAUGGAAGAGCAGGAACUAAACUACGUCAAGAUGAUCAACGCCGGCCGGGCAUUCUACUACAACAACGUCAGCUUCAACUACCUGUCGCACAGAAUCGUCUUCUACCUGACAAACCUUCACAUCAAGUCACGCACCACCUUCUUCGUCCGCGCGGGUCCCGCCACCGAUGAAGAUUCGUACAAGGCCGAUGCCCCGCUCUCUGAGGAAGGCAUCGCCUAUGCAAAAAAGAUGACGGAGACGCUCCUCAGACACAGAGAACAGGAGCGUCAAGCCUCCAUUGACCAGGGCGGGCCGGAUGUGCCGUUACGACCGCUCACUGUCUGGACAUCCACACGACUCCGCACGAUCCAGACAGCCGAGCCGCUGAAAGAGUUGGGAUACAAGGUCCGGCAGCGUUCGCAAAUGAGCCAGAUAAACCCCGGAGUCUGCGAGAAGCUGUCUGAGCGGGCCAUCCGCGCCUUGUAUCCCGAAGAGGUGGAAAAGCACGAGCUGGAUCCCUACCACCACCGGUACCCGCGAGCAGAGUCGUACCACGACCUUGCUGUCCGGCUGGAGCCCAUCAUUCUUGAGCUGGAGCGGGAGCAGAACGAUCUCCUGAUUAUUGCUCAUGAGAGCGUCUUGCGCGUCCUGUAUGCUUAUUUGAUGCAUUGCAGUACUAGGGAUAUCCCAAAGCUUAAGUUCCCGCGGGACGAGAUCAUCGAGAUCAUCCCCGCCGCCUACCAGAACGAGGCCAAACGCAUCCACAUUCCCGGUCUCGAUCCCAGGACGAUCCCCGGUUCGCCGGAGGACAUCAGGAUUCCCGUGCCGAGUGAUCCUAGCGCCAACCUCCCACCGAUCCCUGGCAUGAGCAGCCCAGAGCCUAUCGAGGCCAUUGCGACGCGGCCCCCUGAGAGGAUCAUCAACAAGGCGAAGGAGAUGGUUUCAGACAAGGUGGCUGAUGAGGACUGA